AUAUUACAAGCAAAGAAAAAGGAUAUAUAGAGAGAGAUAAUGGAAGCAGCACAUAUCAGCUCACCAUUGAAGCAUGAGAAAGGAGGGUGGACGUCCUUUCCCUUCAUUAUAGGUGCUGUGAUGGGUCUUACACUAGCAUCUGGGGGUUGGUCAGCCAAUUUGAUAGUAUUUUUGAUAAGUGAAUACAAUAUAAAGAGUAUUGCGGCUACUCAAAUUAAUAAUGUAAUUCUUGGUUGCAAUAAUCUCUUUCCCAUCGCCGGAGCCAUCAUCGCCGACUCCUUCUUCGGCUCCUUCUCUGUCGUUGCUGUUUUUGCCUUCAUUUCCUUGCUGGGUGUGAUCUUGUUAACCCUAACAUCUACAAUCCAUUCCUUGAGACCUCCACUAUGUGCAGUUGGUUCAUAUGCAUGUCAAACUCCGUCACACCUUCAAUAUGGUGUCCUUUAUCGGGCCUUAUCCCUAGCUUCAUUGGGGGUUGGAGGCACACGCUUCACAAUUGCAACUAUGGGGGCAGACCAAUUUGAUCAGCCAAAUCAUCAAGCAAUAUUCUUCAACUGGUAUUUUUUGACCUUGUACCUUGGCAGUAUCAUAAGCUACACGGCUAUCAUCUACAUUCAGGAUAAUAUUAGUUGGAGUUUAGGGUUUGGGAUCUGUGUCAUCGCUAAUGCCAUUAGCUUAGCCGUGUUUUUGCUCGGAAAACGUUUCUACCGGCCAAGUAAGCCGAAGGGAAGUCCCUUCAUGAGCAUUGCUCGUGUUGUGGUUGCGGCGAUUCGCAAAAGGAAGAUGUUAUCAGGAAAUUGUCAGGGUUUGGACUAUUAUCAUGGAGACACCAGUACUAAGUUUCAAGUUCGCACUCCUACAGAAAAUUUCAGAUUUUUGAAUUUUGCAGCCAUAAGAACAGAAGAUGAAAAUCAACCAUCUUGGAAGCUAUGUACAUUGGAGGAAUUAGAAGAUCUCAAAAUCCUAAUCAAAAUCAUGCCACUAUGGUCUACUAGCAUUUUCUUGAGUACUACCAUAGCUAUAUUCAACAGCCUAACAAUCCUCCAAGCCCUUACUAUGGACAGGCACCUUGGACCACAUUUCAAAGUUCCACCUGGGUCUUUCCUAGUCUUUAACCUAGUGGCCACCGCUCUAUCAAUCUUCAUCAUUGAUCGCUUCUUACUUCCCGCGUGGAAAAAUCUGAUUUGUCAAACCUUGACGCCCCUCCAACGUAUAGGAAUCGGUCAUGUCAUCAAUAUCCUAGCCAUGGUGGCAUCUGCCCUAAUCGAGUCAAGAAGGCUCCAUGUGGUUGAAACCCAUAACAGCAAUGGUACACCUGGAUCAUCAAUCGUGCCUAUGUCAGGACUAUGGCUUGUUUUGCCAUUAGCCAUUGUAGGGGUUGGGGAGGGGUUUCACUUUCCAGGACAAGUAGCAUUGUAUUAUCAAGAAUUUCCAAGUUCAUUAAGAAGUACUUCUACGGCUAUGAUUUCAUUGCUAAUUGGAAUUGGAUUUUAUCUAGGCACAGCAAUCACUAAUUUGGUGCGUCGAUCCACAGGAUGGUUACCUAAUAACAACAUUAAUGAUGGGAGAUUGGAUAAUGUAUUUUGGUUGUCGGCAGUGAUAGGGGUGGUGAACUUUGGGUACUAUCUCGUAUGUGCUAAGUUGUUUAAGUAUCAAAAUGUUGAAAAGCAUGAUGAUCAUGAUCAUGGUGAGGUUUCUAGCAUUGCUCAUUAAGGCUGCAAUGUCAACAAACUUAAGGUUGCGAGCUUGAAUUACCUUCCAAUAAUUGUUGUUAGCUCACGCAACAGUUUGGUAAUUUCAUGUUAUAAAAAUGCUUUUUAAUUGGCUUAUUGUCUAUUACUUAGGUGUUUAAUGAAAUCUUUUAAGCAUCAAGAAAAAAAAAUUCAAAUAAUAAAAAUUAAUUAUUUUUGUCAAA